GUCUAUGUACGAGGGAAAAAAGUUUUACGCUAUGGUUUUACGGUUGGCAACCCUGCUGUGGACGCUUCUUGAUUUUGUUUUUGUUUGGAAAAAGUUGUGCUGCGGAUUGUUGAUUGUUUUGUUGGUGAAGAUCUAAUACAGUUAAUUAUGAGUUAAUAGUAGAUUAUUUUCUUUUAUCUAUGAUUAUGAGUUAAUUAUUCUAUGAUCAAAUACCUGCAAAUACAUUUAAAAAUUCAUAUUAUAAGUUUCUAUAUUACUUAUGUAUACAUAAAAUAUAAAUGAUAACACGUCUGAAUAUGUGUUAUAUCAAAGUUAUAUUAAUGGGUAUGCUCCAUUGCUCUCUGUAUUUGGGCCUAUUCAAGAUAUUCUUAUAAAUUUUAUUUCCACAUGCUGGAUGUAGCUUACAGCCGAACUGAACACAGUUUCUUUUUUUUCUGGUACUGACUUUUUUAUUAGAAACUAUGGAUAAAAUAGAUGAAGUAUUAGAUUUAAAACCCCCUACAGAUAGUGCUUCUAAUAACAAAUUAGUGAGUGUGGGAGAUGUUAAACAAGAAAAUAUUGUUUCAGAAGAAAAUAUAAAUGGUGUAUCAUCAGAUAAUAAGUUAGAACUGACGAAGAAAUCGCGGAAAAAGGUCCAUAUAUGUUCCAUGUGUAACUACCAAACGAUAUGUAAGUCAAAUCUUCACAGACACAAGGCGCUUCACUUGCCACAGGAAGAACGGCAGGCGGCAAAUGAAUCACAGAAAAAUGUAUAUAGAUGUGCCCUAUGUGACUACCAAACACAAUAUAAGUCAAGUCUUAGGCGACACGAGAAAGUUCACUUGACGCCGGAAGAACGACAGAUAUUUGCUUGUGCACAGUGUGACAAAAAAUAUAUGUGUAAUCAGAGGUUACAAGAUCACAUUAAGUUUAAUCAUAUUGAUUCGAGAAUGAAGGAAUCGCAGAGAAAGGUGAGGUGUUCCAUAUGUCACUAUCGAGCACGAGAUAUGUCAAACCUUAGACAACACGAGGCAGUUCACUUGGCACCGGAAGAACGAGAGUUGUUUGGUUGUGCGCACUGCGAAAAACAAUAUAUGACAAAACGCCGCCUAAAAGUCCACCUUAAGACUAAACAUAGUGGUUCCAGGAAGAAGAAAUCGCAGAAAAAGGUCCAUAUAUGUUCCAGGUGUAACUACCAAACGAUACAUAAGUCAAAUCUUGACAGACACAAGGCGGUUCACUUGUCACAGGAGGAACGGCAGGCGGCAAAUGAAUCACAGAAAAAUGUAUAUAGAUGUGCCCUAUGUGACUACAAAACACAAUAUAAGUCAAGCAUUAGGCGACACGAAAAAGUUCACUUGGCGCCGGAAGAACGACAGAUAUUUGCUUGUGCGCAGUGUGACAAGAAAUAUAUGUCAAAUCGGAGGUUACAAGAUCACAUUAAGCUUAAUCAUAUUGAUUCGAGAAUGAAGGAAUCGCAGAAAAAGGUGAGGUGUUCCAUAUGUGACUAUCGAGCACGAGAUAUGUCAAACCUUAAACAACACGAGGCAGUUCACUUGGCACCGGAAGAACGAGAGUUGUUUGGUUGUGCGCACUGCGAAAAACAAUAUAUGACAAAACGCCACCUAAGAGACCACCUUAAGACUAAUCAUAGUGAUUCCAGGGCGAAGGAAUUCACGAAAUUCCAGAAAAAGGUUUACAGAUGUGUCACAUGUGGCUACCAAACGCCACGUAGGUCAAAUCUUCACAAACACCAGCAAAUUCACUUGGCACCGGACUUGCGACGGAUGUUUGCCUGUGUAUGGUGUGACAAUAAAUAUGCGUCAAAUCACACAUUACAAAAUCACAUCGAGCGUAAUCAUAUUGAUUCCAGGGCGAAGGAAUUAAAGAAAUCGCUGAAAAAGGUUCACAGAUGUGUCACAUGUGGCUACCAAACGCCACGUAGGUCAAAUCUUCACAAACACCAGCAAAUUCACUUGGCACCGGACUUGCGACGGAGGUUUGCCUGUGUAUGGUGUGACAAUAAAUAUACGUCAAAUCAGACAUUACAAAUUCACAUCAAGCGUUAUCAUAUUGAUUCCAGAAAUGCUGAUUGUACAUCUCCAACUGAUGAAGUGAUAUUAGAUUCCUUAAAAAUUGAAAUGGAUGAACUUACCAUUUUGAAUGACACUAAAAGUUCUGAAUGUAUAUCUGCAACUAAUGAAAUAAAAUCCGGAGAUUUUAUAAAAACAGAAUUUGAUGAUGUCACCCCAAUUGUGAAUAGAGAUAUGCACAAUGACUUUAAAAAUACCGAAGAUUUGUCCGUAAAUAAGGAAGUGAAGUUAGAAGAUUUUAUAAAAAUGGAACCGGAUGAUGGCACUUAAUUUUCAUAUUUAAUUUUCAUAUUUAUGUAAAUAUGUCAUUCUAAUCCCGCCGAUCUGGUCUGCGAGGGGAUAUCUUUCAUUGCCCACUAACGUAAAUAUCAAAUCUGUCAUUCUCUGGACGGAAUUGUUCUGUGAAGGGACAAAUCGGUGAGUUAAGAAGUACAUACCCUAUUAUUGGGCAUUAUGCAGUCACGUGAUGCUCUUGACGUAUGACGGUUAAAUUUUUGGUUAUGGUAGCCAAUUUUUUGUUGUUGUUUUUACACAAGAAUUUUUACAUCAUAUUUUGAUAUUUACAUUUUGUAAUUACAUAUCAGAGACAAUACGUAUUUAGAAAAAUAAUAAAAU